CGAAUCCGACAACUGUAUUCGAAUUGUAUACAGUCCGAGUGAUGGCGUUUGUACGGUCUUUUCGAUCAAAAAUGGAAAAUAAUAGUUCUUCUCCACAGUCGAAUUUUAGUUUUAAAAUUAAGAAACUCGAUCAGAAAAUACAAAGAAAUGUUCCGGAAUUGGCGAAUGAAGAUAAUUCUCAGAAAGAUUUCAUCAAAUCUUUGGAAAAUAAGAAAAUCAAAAGUUCUGCACCUAAAACAAAAGAAAAGAAAAAAGAACUUGUCAUUCCUCAUAUUAAGAAUAAUAAUUGGAGAUUACCAAAUGCAGAUAAAUCUGUUUCAUCUUUGGAGGAUUUGGCUAUUAAAGAAAUACUUGACGAAAGUGCUAAGGCUAAUGAAGACUGGGAAAAACGUGAAAAUAGAGACCAUAUGAUCAUUCCAUUGCUUAUUCAAAAUAAAAUUCCUGAUGGGUAUGAAACUGAGACUAAAAUGGAUGUUACUUUACGUCCUAAUGAUUCAACUCUUACAGACUAUGAAAAUGUACCUGUUAAAGAAUAUGGGUAUGCUUUAUUAAGAGGAAUGGGAUGGAAGCCUGGAUAUCCAAUUGGAGAUAAGAAUAAAAAAGCUGUUACACCUGUUGAAGUUGUUGUUAGACCUAAAGGAUUAGGGCUUGGUGCUGGUCAAAAUUCAACAAAUAAGAAAUCUUCUGUUGAAGAAGAAAAUCUAAUAUUGAAAAGAGGUUGCUUUGUGUAUAUAGAAAAAGGACAGCAUACAGGGGAGUAUGGUCAGGUUGAAGGAUUAGAUGAAGAUAAUGGACGUGUCAUUGUAAAGUUAGCAAAAAGUGAAGAAAAAAUUACUUUACCUGAAUUAUUUAUUAGAGUUGUAACAGAAAGAGAAUAUAAUAAAGAAAGUCGAAUUAUUAAUAAAAGAAAGUAUGAAGAACACAAAAACAAGUUAGUUGAAGAAAAAUAUCAUGAUGUGAAAAAAGAACAUAAACCAAGAAAUUCAAGUAGAAAUAAUGAUAGACAAGAAAGGCCUAGAGAUAAGUACACAGAAGAAAAAAUCAAAAGACGACGGCAUUCACCUGAAAAUAAGAGGUAAUUUUUUAAUAUGUAU